AUGUCUGGACGUGGCAAAGGCGGUAAGGGACUCGGCAAGGGCGGUGCCAAGCGUCAUCGCAAAGUUCUUCGCGACAAUAUCCAGGGCAUUACUAAGCCUGCCAUCCGUCGUCUCGCACGUCGUGGUGGUGUAAAGCGUAUUUCCGGCCUCAUUUAUGAGGAGACUCGUGGUGUGCUCAAGGUUUUUCUCGAAAAUGUUAUUCGUGACUCGGUGACGUAUACGGAGCACGCUCGACGCAAAACGGUGACUGCCAUGGACGUCGUGUACGCCCUCAAGCGUCAGGGUCGCACCUUAUACGGCUUCGGUGGAUAA